CCCGUCCACACCCCAGAGUGAGGAAGCAAGAGUUGAGAAUGCGAGAACAAGAGAGUAGGCUGACAUUUAGCCCGCUCUUUCCACGCACGGCAAGUCACAACAAAAUAGAUGACGGAAAACUUAAAAGAGCAAACUUCAACUUGAUGUCAUACACUUGACUUGCCGGGGAAAGUGGGGGGGGGGACCGCUAAAGCCACUCUUGGGCUGUUUUCCAUGAUGCGGAGUGCGAGGCCACCUCAUAAAGGACGGAUCAGAGAGGGAGUGCCAAAGACGAUUCAACUUGCGUUUGGGGAUUAUGCUUGUGAUCAAAAAUUGGGGAAAAGAGAAUAACAUCAUGAGAAGGUUUGUAGCUCAAAGAUGGCGAUGAAGAUGAAUGACUGGCUGCUAAGUGGCUCGGAGUGCCUGAGUAUUUCUUCUGUAAUGGACAAUGUUUCCCAGCAGGCCCAGUGACUCCCAUCAGCGGCAAGAAUGGAAGACGCGCUAAGUGCUGCACCGAGGCGCCGCGGGAACACAACUCCAAGCGUUUGCAACCCCCGCUCCCGCUCCGCCACCCCAACCGAGUGACAAGAUGCUUUUGAAAUUCAGCCGGUUACGGAAGAGGCACUGCGUCCGGCUCGUGACCACCUGCUUGGUGCUUUCGGUGCUCACGGUUUGGUGGGACAACGACAUGGUGGACCACGUCAAGUCCUACUCGUUUCGCUUCCUGGUGAACCGCUUCAACUACAUCAACAAGAGCCUCACCAUCACGCGAGAGCAGGCCCAGAGCUUCUGGAACUUCCGGAACCUGCUGGACCACCCGGAUAAAUGUGCCGGCCAGGACGUCCUCCUCCUGCUCUUUGUCAAAACGUCCCCGGUCAACACCGCCAGACGCGAAAACAUCAGAUCCACGUGGGGUAACGAGACCUUCAUCUCGGACUCACUGGGAGUGACGGUUAAGGUGGUCUUCGCCUUGGGCGCACCCCUUGGCCCCAACGGCACCGACGCUAUCAUUCAAAGGCAGCUCUUCCAAGAGGACCGUCGCCACAGCGAUUUGAUCCAGCAGGACUUUUUGGACUCCUUCCACAACUUGACCCUGAAACUGAUCAUGCAGUUUCACUGGAUGCACAGAUGCUGCGCUCACGCUCGCUUCCUCAUGACGGCGGACGACGACGUCUUCGUUCACAUGCCCAACUUGGUGGCGUACCUGCAAGACGCCAGACAGAGGGGCGUCACCGACUUCUGGGUGGGCCGGGUCCACAGGGGGGCGCCGCCAAACCGCAGCAAGCACAGUAAGUACUACGUACCUUUUGAGAUGUACCAGUGGAUGUCGUACCCGGACUAUACACCAGGGGCGGGCUACGUGGUGUCGGGCGAUGUGGCGAGCAAGAUCUACCACGCUACUCUGACACUGAACGCCACGCUUCACAUCGAUGACGUGUUCAUGGGCAUCUGCGCCAAGGCGGUGGGCGUGUCCCCGCAGGAGCAUUUGUAUUUCUCUGGGGAGGGAAAGGCACCUGACCACCCGUGCAUCUACAACCAGAUGAUCACCUCCCACGGCCACGUGGAGGAUCUCCGAGGCCUGUGGAAGGUGGCGACGCACCCGCGGGUGAAAGAGAGGACGUCCGGACUUCUGGGCCGUCUGUACUGCACGGCGGUGAAGAUCUCGCUGCUUUGUCGAUACCGUCUCAACGGCUACCCUUGCAUAGCCGCUUUUUAUUGAGGCCGUGAUCGUGUGAGGAUCAUUUCGGGGUACUGUACCGCGGUAUUCGAGUUACAAAUUGCCCGACUUGCCAGUUUUUUGUGACACGAGCCACCGGCAAACUUGCUUUGAUUUGCGAGCACAAAUUGAAAAUACGAUGGUGGCCGCAAACUCAACUCACUUGACAACACGAGGCAGUUUGGCAGCUGAGGAAUAUUUUUUCAAAAAAGAAGCUUAAACUCCUCGUUUAAGUGGACGGUCAAACUAGACAUGACAUAGCCACAUACUGUAACUUCAUCUUACAAAAGUCCACUGUCUGAAAUGCUCACACACAAUGCAAAAUGCCACAGACGGGCUAACAAAUAGCAUCAGUUGCUUGGUUGUAAAACUUUUCUUCGCUUGUGUUUGUAUGUCUGUUGCUUUGGUAGCAAAAGUGUGCACAACAGAAGGAGCACAAGAGGAAAGAUCAGGUAUGGAGUGUUUUGAGUUACAAGCGAGUUUUUUUUUUUUUUUUUUUUUUUUAGUUCUGAUCAUUUUUUUUUGCUUUGUGUAGCAAGGAAAAAUUUGAGUUACAGAAAUACUUCCGGGCAGCACAGUGGAUCGGCUGGUAAAGCGUUGGCCUCACAGUUCAGGGGUCCUGGGUUUGAUCCUGGCCUCGCCAGUGUGGAGUUUGCACGUUCUCCCCAUGCCUGCGUGGGUUUCCUCCAGGCAUUCUGGUUUUCCUCCCACAUCCCAAAAACAUGCCACAUUAAUUGGACACUCUAAAUUGCCCCUAGGUGUGACUGUGACUGCGGUUGUUUGUCUCUAUGUGCCCUGCGAUUGGAUGGCAACCAGUUCAGGGUGUACCCCGCCUCCUGCCCUUUGACAGCUGGGGUAGGCUGCAGCACUCCCCGUGAGGAUAAGCGGCAAAGAAAAUGGAUGGAUGGAUAGUUACUGAUGCACUUUCACAUGUUUUGUGAAUAGGAUGAACAGUGAGUGCACUGGUGAGAUAAUGCCGGGUUUGAUUCCUGGUCAGUGCCCGCAUACCAGAUGGUGGUGGUCCCAAAACCUGAUUGGAAAAAAAAAUGGAAUGGACAUAACCUCACAGUGGAGUUUUUUUUUAAAUUUUAUUUAUUAUUAUUAACCACAGGUGGAAAAACUACUCCGACUCACUACUUAAAUAAAAAUACAGAUACUCUGGUAUAAGUAGAAUUGCUGAUUUGACUCCCUUGAGAAAAAGGUUUGAAGACUCUGGUUUAAAUACAAAAAGAAAAUAUCCUUUUAUACUGUUAAUAUGUUAUAUCUAUUUUGAUAACUUGAUACAAUUAAUACUUUUUCCCCUGAAACCAAGAACAAGCAUGGGCUUUCAUGCUAUCAAAACAUUUGCUAUCACUGUGAACUGCCCAAAAAAUAAAUUCACAAAUUAUUACCACCGAUAAAAAUAAACCUUAAGUGAAUGUAUUAUUUUAUUUUAUUAGCUAAUGAAUUUUUCAACAAAAGAGGAUUCUGCCUUCGAGGCUGACAUGAGAAAACUGCAUUUGCCACGAAUACCUCUUUUAGCCACGGGUAGUUGGGUUGCAACGAAGAUUUGAUUCCUAUCGCGAUAUCAGUACUGAAGGUACCAAAACGCAUCUAAAACACUUGGGAGAGGCUUGCUGAAGAAACCUCAUCAAUCUCGGCUUGUGUUUUAUUUACCUCUUUAGAAUAAUAUAAAUGUGAAUGAAAUGUAGGACGAUUGGACACAGGACAACUCUGGGAGCUGGAAAGCGUGUCGCAGCUUUACAAUUUCAAAGAUCCAGAUCUGUAUCUUUGCAACCCUAACGGACGGGGGUUAGCUCGCUUCUCCGAAUACUGUACAGGAUGUGGCUGUCGUCUUGAAUUGACCCCUCCGUACAGGGCACUUAACCACGCCCCUGAAGUGACGUCACGCCACGUGCGCUGACGUAAGACAAACAGUAAAAAUGCCAAAUACAAUACAAUACAUUCUGAACUGACACAGACUCCAUGCUUCUGAUUUCAUUCAAAUCAACGAUAUUUUAUAGAUUCUAAAUACAAUACAUUCUUAACUGAGAGAGACGCCAUGCUUCUGAUUUCAUUCAAUCAUUCACACGUAGCAAUGUUAUGCUAGCGGAGAACGUCUCAUUCAUUUAUACGAGACGUGUAUUAAAAAUCAAAUUUAAGGCAUAUCUUUGUGCAAACACAGUCUGGUUAAGCUUCUGGCCGUGAGCCAGCAAGAAAUCAAUACGUUUGUGCAGUCCGAUCAUCGCAAAAUAUCGCUCAACAAAGAAUAAGUGUGUCAAUCGUUCACACGUAGCGGUGUUAUGCUAGCGGAGAACGUCUCAUUCAUUUAUACGAGACGUGUAUUAAAAAUCAAAUUUAGGGCAUAUCUUCGUGCAAACACCGUCUGGUUAAGCUUCGGCCGCGAGCCAGCAAGAAAUCGAUACGUUUGUGCAGUCCGAUCAUCGCUAAAUAUCGCUCAACAAAGAAUAAGUGUGUCAAUCGUUCACACGCAGCAGUGUUAUGCUAGCGAAGAACUUCGAAUUCAUUUAUACGAGACAUGUAUUGAAAAUCAAAUAUAGGGCAUACCUUCGUGCAAACAUAUGUGUUCCGGUUGAUAUUAGAUGGAUUUAGUUGAUGAUGCGGUCUUCCACAAAGUUUUAUCCAUCAAAGGCAUUUUUCGUACUGGUUCUUCGGUUUUGGAAAGGGUACGAAUCGAACUCCACCAACUAGCCUUUCAGGAUACCUGUCGUCACUAUUACAAAGUCCGUGACGACAGCUCUUAAUCAUAUUUUUUGUUAAAUAACCCAAAUACGCGAUAAAACGCUAACUAAACCUAUACUGGACCAUGCAAUGUUGUCUGAGAAAAUGGCGGACACAAAAACGGGCUUUGGUUUAUGCAGAUCUCUGGCCUCUGAUUGGUCAGUGACGCGGAUUGCGCAAUAUCCACGGAGGGGUCAAUUCUCCCUGGUUCCCGUAUGUCUAUGUACUGUCUGUUCCAGUUUUCUAUUUUUUUUUUUUUUUUCUGUCUUAGAAAAUGUCUUUUUUCAUUUUGUCUGCUGGCAUUGAACAAGGCGACAGGACUAUUUUGACAUAAUGAGGUGUGGAAAAUCGAGAGAUUUGUUUUCAAAAGUAAGGAGUAAAAUUUUGCAAAAAGUCUUCAGAAAAACUCUGAAAAAUCCAUUCAAGUACUGCAAUGUAGUAUUUGUACUAGGUGGCGAUUUCUCACGUGACUGACAAGAAGUCCGUUACUGAGCUCUGAUCUGUUGUUUUUAAAACUUGAGUGAAGCGAGAUACAUUGAGCAAGUAAGCACAUCCGUUUCGCUUCAAAUGUUUGCAAUCCUGCCUUUGGAAAGAAAAAAAAAAUCCAUGAUUCUUGAAGAAGCUGAGGGUUGCACUCUUGAGUACUUGACUUGAUACUUUCUUGGAUACUGAUGCUGUUUCUGGACUGAAGUCAACUAAAAAGACUUCUUAAAUAACUCCAAAGCCGAAGUGACUUGAGCGCUUUCGUGUUCCCGAUGAUGAAUCCAAAGGGUCGACAAUUUAAUGCAAAGUAAUUUUUGGCACGGGCCAAAUUGUAGAUAUGUUUUUUUUUUUUUUUCUCAGAAGGCCGUUAUUGGGUGAAACCAUAAAAAUCUUUAAUCAGCCUCAUCAUAUUUACAUAAAAAAAUUUAUGAACUAGUUAUGGUAUUGGAAAUCAGGAGUAAAGAGUUUUUCCAAUCAUUGUUUAUGCUUGGUAACACAAAAAUGCUUAAAAUAUCUCAACAUCAUCACUUUGUUAUAUGACCAUUUGAAAUUUUGGUACAGAUUUUCACAAGAAUCACAGAUAUUGACAGAUGAUUUGCCUCCGCGGGCCACAUAAAAUUAUGUGGCAACCCGGAUCUGGCUCCUGUGCCUCGAGUUUGACACCCGUGAUCUAACGUGUCCAAAAAUAUCUGCAUGGCUUCGUGUAAAAUUCCUCACAGAGAAGGAAAAUGUUGAACGUAACUGAUAAUGCAAGCAGUUUGUGGACUGAAAUAAAACAAAUUGUCAUGAAAUGA